AUGGAACAGCUCAUUAACUUCAUUAUACGACCACCCAGAGCUGAAUAUGAUCCAAAAGAUGAUUUACUAGAUCAGGAGUUUAUGCUUAAAGGGAAAUGGUACCAAAGAAAGGAUUUGGAGGUUGUAAAUUGUCGGGGGGAGGUUCUUAAAUGUAGUCAUUACGUGCCAAUUGGGUGGUCAGAAGGGAAAGCAUUACCUUGCGUCAUAUAUUGCCAUGGAAACAGUGGGUGUAGAGCAGAUGGAAGUGAAGCCGCAAUUAUAUUAUUGCCAUCAAACAUAACAGUUUUUACCCUUGACUUCUCUGGAUCGGGGCGUUCUGGAGGGGAGCAUGUAACUUUAGGUUGGAAUGAAAAAGAUGAUCUCAGAGCUGUGGUUGAUUAUUUGCGGUCGGAUGGAAAUGUCUCUUUGAUUGGUCUUUGGGGCCGCUCAAUGGGCGCUGUAACCAGCUUGAUGUAUGGAGCUGAGGAUCCUUCAAUUGCAGGAAUGGUUCUUGACAGUCCUUUCUCUGAUCUGGUUGAUCUGAUGAUGGAGCUUGUGGAUACCUACAAGAUUCGGCUACCCAAGUUUACGGUUAAAUUUGCAAUACAGUACAUGCGUCGAGCAAUUCAGAAGAAGGCGAAGUUUGACAUUACAGACCUAAACACAAUAAGGGUUGCCAAAACUUGUUUUGUUCCAGUCUUAUUCGGACACGCAGUCGACGAUGAUUUCAUCCAACCUCAUCAUUCUGAUCGCAUAUUUGAAGCUUACGUGGGGGACAAGAAUAUAAUCAAGUUUGAGGGAGAUCACAACUCUCCUCGCCCACAGUUUUAUUUUGAUUCAAUCAGUAUCUUUUUCAACAAUGUUUUGCAACCUCCCAUGGAUGAAGCUGGAGGUGCAUUCUUUGACAUGCCGCGUGAUUAUAUUGGCAGGGGUACAUGGAAUAAUAUUCAUGAAGUGAGAAGCUCAGAUCAGUUGUUGACUUCCCCAGCAGCAAGCACUGAAGAUGCCAUUAGGCAGUUGCGGACCAAAAGACCUGUAAGCAGAAUUGAGGUCCCCUCGGAUAUGUCAUCAAAGAAUGAACAAUCUGAAACUCAGGAAGGAGUCUCUGGGAGUGACCCUGAUGCUUCUUCAUCUUCAAGGAUGAUAAGCUUUGAACUUGCCAACGGUGAUCCUUAUGGACCUCAUGUGCCGGCAUCAAUAGAUGAUGACGAGUAUGUGGAAUACUCGCUUGAUAGUUUGGCAGAUUUCCCGAACAACAUUGAGGAAGAAGAAAGAAUGCUCAUGGAAGCGAUACUUGCGUCACUGAAGGAUGUGGAUGUCCAAAAGCCUUGUAUAGAGGAGCCAUCCUUGAAAGCCAAUGAACUGCUGCAACCUACGAAAGAGGAUUAUCAGGGGGAUUCUCGAUCUGCAUCAGCACCCUCUAAUGCCGCCAGGAUAUCAGCCAAUGGUCCUGAUUUGGUACUUGAAGUUCCACCUCUUAGUUCCAGCAAACGGUCAGAUGAACCUCCUCCUACCACUGUUAUAAGUCCUCAAGCAAGAACAGAAGAUGGGACACCCCCUUCAAAUGACACUUCGAAGAGUAACCAAAGUUCACCAGAGAGUGAAGUUAUUGAUACAAAAGCCACUGUAACAGUUGUAAAGAACCCUUCAAGUAACAUCGUUGAUGGUUUAUUACGGCGUUGGGAUCUCAACUUCUUUGGAAAAAGAUGA